CACAUGCGCGAUUGCGCACUGAAGAAGAAAUGGCGAUAGAGCUCUGUUCACAGUGGUAGUGUCCCAAGUGCCUAUACAUAAAGACUAGGCAUACAUAGUCAGCUACAUGUUGUCAGUUAGCCUACAGUUAAGAAAAGCUUUUACUUCGACUCAGUGAUAUUCGUUUGCGCAUAGACAACAGUUAUUCUAAAUGGCGAAUAUUUUGUCAAACUGGUCGGAUAAAAUGCUACAAUUGCUUCGACGAAUGAAUAAUUUUUAUUCGCCAGGCUCCAGCUGUACCACAUGCCUUCGGUUUGAAGUGGCAGGAGAACAAGUAGGAUGGGUGCCUUCCAAAGUUGCGUCCAUUUUGAGUCACUAUUCUGAAGUGUUUAAUUCACCACGUGAUGGGGCUAUUACCCUUUGCCAGAAUCUUGAUUCAUAUAGUAGGAGGUCUGAAGCAGUGGAUUCUGUGCUUCAGACUGUGAGAAAGGAAGGCUCACUGACAUGCCUCAAAGGAUGGAGAGAUGAGUACGAAGUGAUGCCCAAGUUCUGUGACACUCCACUGAUGUGUAUGGAGAGAUCAGCUACAAGCCUUUUUGGAGUGAAACGAUAUGGAGUCCAUGUAAAUGGUUACAGUCGAGAUGAGAAUGGUGAACUCAGAAUGUGGUUGGCUCGACGCUCCAUCACAAAGCAGACCUACCCAGGAAAACUAGACAACUUGGCAGCUGGCGGUCUGGCAGCAGGUAUAAGUGUGAAACACACUAUGGUUAAAGAAUGUGAAGAGGAAGCUUGCAUACCAGCAGCCAUUGCAGAGACAGCCCAUCCUGUGAGCACUGUGAGCUAUACCUAUGAGGAUGAAGAGGGGGUGUUCCCUGAGUGCCAAUUCGUGUUCGAUUUAGAACUUCCUUCCGAGUUCCAGCCUAGAGUAGGCGAUGGAGAGGUCCAAGAUUUUUACUUCCUUUCAAUGGACAAGGUGAAAGAAGUGCUGGUCAGUAAUGAAUUUAAACCAAACUGUGCAAUGGUGGUCCUAGACUUCCUUAUCAGACACUCCUACAUAGAACCUGACACAGAGCCAUAUUACCAGGAAUUUGUAGCUGGACUCCACCAAACUUUGUAAAAAGUUAAAUGAAGAUCGGACGCUCAUUGUAGAACUCAUUGUGUAAUAUUUUGUGUCUUAUUUGCAUAUUUUGUGAGUUGCAUGUGAAUAAAAAUGACAAUA